GGAGCGACCGACGCGAACGGACGUCGCGACGCUCGACAACGUGCCGGCAUUAUUAUAAACCAUUUUCCAAAAAUAUUCACGCGUCCCACGGAACCGUCCUCAGUUUUCUAUUACAAUUAUCAGUUGGACAGUAUUAUACUAGACUAUAUUUUCUAUACGUUUAUCAAGUGAAAAGUAUUAGCUGUGUGAUAAUGGUUUCUUCGUGUUAGUGCUGUGGAAUGUAUUGCAUUUGUUAGUUCUACUACAACCGUUGUAUAAUGUCGAAGACUUUGAACGCCUACAGAAUAAAGAAGAUCGAAUCCCUAGGCAGGAUGACGGCGAUGACGCAGGAGGAAAUGGUGGCCGGUGCACGCACCGUCGCCGCGGGCCUCGAGGCGCUGCGAGCUGAGCAUGCACAGCUGCUGGCCGGGCUGGCUGCUAACACAGAACAUGAACACGAGAAGGCAGCCCUCGUGAGGAAGAGCAUUGAUGCUAUUGAACUCGGAUUGGGUGAAGCGCAGGUGAUGAUGGCGCUAGCCUCCCACUUACAAUCAGUGGAGGCUGAGAAGCAGAAGCUCCGCACGCAGGUGCGACGGCUGUGCCAGGAGAACGCGUGGCUGCGGGACGAGCUGGCGGCCGCGCAGCAACACCUGCAGGCCUCCGAGCAACGCGUGGCGCAGCUCGAGGAGGAGAACAAACACCUCGACUUCAUGGCUUCCAUACGCAAGUACGACAGCGAUAUAACGGAGGAGUCGGACACGAACCGCAGCGGACAAAGUGAGAAGAAACGCGACGAUCCCAUGGUGGACCUGUUCCCGGACGACGACCAUGACGACAACAGGAAUAACAAAUCGAUGUCCCCGACGCCUCCGCUGCACUUUGCCCAGCAAGUGAACGCGGGCUACGAGAUCCCGGCGCGCCUGCGCACUCUGCACAACUUGGUGAUCCAGUACGCGUCGCAGGGACGGUACGAGGUCGCCGUGCCACUCUGUAAGCAGGCCCUGGAAGACCUGGAGAAGACCUCCGGACAUGAUCACCCUGAUGUCGCUACUAUGCUCAAUAUACUCGCUCUUGUAUACAGAGACCAGAACAAGUACAAGGAGGCGGCCAAUCUGCUGAACGAUGCUCUGUCUAUCCGCGAGAAGACGCUCGGAGAGAACCAUCCCGCCGUCGCAGCCACGCUCAACAACCUCGCCGUGCUCUACGGCAAGCGAGGCAAGUACCGCGAGGCCGAGCCGCUGUGCAAGCGCGCGCUGUGUAUCCGCGAGGCCGUGCUGGGCCGGGACCACCCCGACGUCGCCAAGCAACUCAACAACCUCGCGCUGCUCUGUCAGAACCAGAAUAAAUACGAGGAGGUGGAGCAGUACUACCAGCGCGCUCUGGAGAUCUACGAGAGCAAACUCGGACCCGAUGACCCCAACGUAGCCAAGACUAAGAACAAUCUCGCCUCUUGCUAUCUCAAACAGGGCAAGUACAAGGAAGCAGAAACGUUAUACAAACAGGUGCUGACCCGGGCACACGAGCGGGAAUUCGGAACUAUCGACGGCGACAACAAGCCCAUCUGGCAGGUGGCCGAGGAACGCGAGGAGAACAAACACUUGCAGAAGGAAAACGCUCCGUAUGGAGAAUAUGGAGGAUGGCACAAGGCUGCCAAGGUGGACUCCCCAACAGUGACAACGACGCUGAAGAACCUGGGCGCUCUCUACCGGCGCCAGGGCAAGUACGAAGCCGCUGAGACGCUCGAAGACUGCGCGCUCCGCAGCCGGAAGGAGCACGUACAGCAAGCUUUGGACAUCGUGAAGCAGUCGCGGGCUCGAGGCGGUCGGCACGGCAGCCGCGACGCCAUGGAGCCUCACCAAGACCACCACGACGAGGGCGCGAACCAAGCGAGCGAACCACGCAUGAACCUUAAGUCAAAGCUGUUCAAUGCGCUAGGCAUCAACACUGGGAGCAAUCCGCCGCACCAGUAGCUACUAGCCACCAGCCACGUAGAAAUACACUAGAUAUAAGUUGUCACUCGCUUCACGCACGUGGUCCUUGCAAACUGUCGCAGAGUGUGAGCAGUGGUCUUCGGAGAUGUUAACUGGACUUUGAGAAUUAUGCCAAUUUUGAUAAUAAUAACCUUGAUUUGAAAGUUUUGGGAGGAUAACGAAUUAUAUCCUUAUUUGUCAGUUCGAUAGAUUUUGUUGAUUGUACUGGCUGAUACCUAAAAAUGACCAGUUAAUUAGGUGCACCAGAAAACCAUUGCCUACACCCCGCACAAGACUAAUGUCCGCUCACUAUAAAGGAUCAAGUGCGUCACACACUUAAAUUGCCGACAUUUUGAAUUUCUUGUUUAAACAAAAAUGCAAUUUUUACAAUGGCCCAAGCCAUGAUUAUUGAUUAAGUUUUAUUCAAAUGAAAGCAUUUUAUCACAACAAGUUCAAAAUGUUCGUGUAGUAGCUUAGUAUUAUUUAUUAGCAUGCGAUAUAAUUUUAGUAAAAAUAAAAGAUAUUAAAAAAAAAUAUAAAAAAAUAUAAAUUACAAAUGAACGUGUGAUAGGAGCAUGCCAGUGAGCCGUCACGCUGUAGUAUACAAUAUUA